AUGCUGGGUACUCUGUGGAGUCUUCUUACAGCUGGCUGUAACCUUGCAACAAGCAUUUCUCCCAUGUUAACAGCAUUUCUUACUUUAAACUUUGGUUGGUCAGCAGCACUCGUUACUCCUGGAGUCAGUACUGCCGCAAUGUCUGUUUUAGCUUACUACCUUAUUUGUGAUUCUCCAUCAGAAAUAGGACUGGAGGAAUUUACCCAAAGAACUACUAUGAAAUCAAGAACUGAAAACAAAACAGUAGAGAGCAGGAAGGACUACAUUAUUACAAUGCUUCACAGUCCAUUUUUGUGGGUUUUAAGUGCAGGAUAUCUACUGACUUUGUUUGUGAAGAUUGGAGUUGGUGAAUGGACACAACUUUUUCUAACACAGACAAUUGGAAGAACACAAUAUGACAGUGAGUAUUAAUUGUUCUACAUGUUUUGGAUUGAAUCACCUAUUUUUUAAAUAACUCUUUAACCUCGAAGAAUGACUAAUUUCUCCUUACAGUAUCACCCAUGAAUCAAAUGAAAAGGUCAUAAGAAUAAUGGAAAUGAUCUCCAAUUUGGGAAGCUCUUGAUUGUCAACCAAAUUCUCCUUGUCAUUACCAGAUGAAAUGUAAAGAGAACAAUGAGAAGAUUUGAAUGUUAACAAUAAGGGUUAAUAACGUGGUCAAAAUUGCGAGAAAUUCAUGAAAUUUUUUUGCAAUAAAUCAGUCACAUUUACAUAUUAUUUUAAACUGAGUAAGAACUCAAAGAGAUGAAAGAAAGCCAAAAAAGGGUAUACUAAACAAUAUGUUUCUAUAUAUUAUGAUAUAAAUUUAUAUUAUAAUUAGUAUAUCAUACAGUGGUCUUGCUUAUUUUUGGUCACGACAGGUGACCUAGGAAUUCCUAGGAAUUCUCAAAAAUUCCCAACUAUGCAAAUUAACUCUGAUUUAAAAAGCUUGGAAUUACUGGGAAUUUCUGGGAAAGGAAGACUCCAGUUUUGUGAGGACUUGGAAUUCCUAGGAAUUCCUAGGAAUUCACAGCUAUACAAACUACCUAUAAUUUAAGAAGGGUGGAAUUCUUGGGAAUUUCUGGGAAUUGAAUUUGAGGCAAUUUAAAUACCCUGAGGUCCACAUAAAUUCUAAGAAAUUCUCAAUACCUUGAAUGUGAAGGUUUUAAGAAAAGGAGUAAUUUCAGAGGCUUAAAACUGUGGCUCAAUAAAAAGGUAUGUUAUACAAAACUUACCAAGAGAUAUACAUACAUUUAUUAAUCAAACUAAGUUUUAGUAAAUCUCUACAUUAAUAUGGAUUUUCUCAUGAACCAGCAGUCAAUUAUGUUAAAUGGAAAUUGCCAAUUAAUCCAAUGUACUCAUAUCACAGAUUUGCUUUCUAACUUCAAAGGACUCUUGGAUUCCAUGAUCAUAAAAUAUUUUUGUUGUGAUGCAAAUUAAUGUCUCAUGUUCACUGAUGUGCCAAAAUCAUCAAACAUUCAUUAGCUGUUCCUUGGUACACAACUUCCACAAUAAUUAACAAUAAUUACAUUGUUAUCUACUCUUAAAGAACUUUGUUAGUUAUGAACAUAAGUUACUUCCCUAACCUACAUUACUGGUUGCCUUUGUUAGAAAACCUUGGAACAGUCAAGCUCAGUUGCCUCAAACACUGUUAGAGACUUUUUAGUAGAAAUUUCAUGCCUUAGACAAACAAAUUCAACACCCAACUUUUUUUCUUUUUUCAUGAUUGUUGUUGCUGGUUUUUUUUUUUCAGUUUUGUGCUCUGUUUUCGUGACUUAUUGCUGUAAUUUGUUCUGCUGUUUUUAUUCUUGCAAAACAUUUUUGUAAGAGUUCCAAUACUAGUGGAUCAUCCACACACUUUGCAAACAUUUGGCAUGCAGACAAGACAGAGGUAGUCAAUGUUCCCUUUGAGAAAAAAACACCUUUUAAAUGACGUCUUCAAUUUACUUUAUUUGAAACUCUGAUCUGAAAAUAUUUGUCAACAAGACUUGUUAGUAGUGAGAAGUACAAACCAAGUUUCCUUUCAUAACUUAAUUUCUUAAAUGUCUCAAUCACUGGAUCUCCCCAAAAAUAUUACAUCUUUUUAUUUUUGGUGCAAAAUACAAGUCCUUCUUUAUAUACAAAUGAAAAGUGAAAGUCACACUUCAAUAAUAACAGCUCUAAAGUUUACUUGUUGUUCUUCUCUGUCUGUCAGCUAUCAACAAAAUCGUUUUAUACUUCGGACAGUGCAUAACUAUUUGUGGACUAGAGUUCCAACGCACCUCUGUAAUCGCAUAUAGUUACUUCUGUCUCUUGAACAAAUGUUUCUCCUUUGUAAGACGCGCUCUACUCUGUUGUCACCACUGCUUUAGGUUCAGUGGAAACGACUGACUGAAGGAAUCGAGAUGGCGGUGUUGGUACGUGUUGCUGAACGCUUGCUACGGUCAAGCUUUGUAGAUUUAGGUACUGGUACACUGGGAUCAUCUAUGGAUCUCUUAUACUUCCUAAUGUGAUAUCCUUCUUUUAUAAAUAUGAGGGUAAAAGACGAUUUGUAGUCGCAUUCAAAACUGUGAUUGGCUUGUGUUAUUUCUCACCUUUGCCAUGAACACAACUCAAGUGAGUUUCGAGUCUUUGUUUCCUCGACAACUUUCGGUCACAAAUCGUGCAUUUGUAGUACGAUCGAUUCUUGUCGAUUAUUUCUACAUAGAGUGAGCUCACAUCAUUAUUUAUAUCACCAAGGUAUCCAUUGUCUAGAAACAGAGAACCGGUCGGAGAAGUCAGAAUAAAGUUGUGCGCUUCUCUUAACACUACAAUCGGCAAGCCAGCGGAUUCACUUUGCUAGCCAAUGACAAGUCCUAAAAGAUCCACGUGAUCAUGCCCGUGAUCGGAAACAAAGAAGACUCCAUUUGGCGCUCAUCUUUGAAUGUACUUUUCAUCGGUUGAUCGCUUUGCUCAACUGUUUUGCUUCAUAUAACAUUUCUAAAGAUAGCCUUUAUUGUGGUUCAAUGGGAAAACGAGAACAGCGUGAGUGUUGUAAAAGAAAAGAAAGCUGUUGGCGCCGUGGAGUUAAAAGAAGGGACAACAGUUGACAUAUUGACUGGUACGAACAAGGGUCGAGUGGCCAUCUGUAAAGCUGCGAUUUUGAAAGUUUGUGGUGAGUAAAACAUUACGAUAUUCGUUGCGUGAUCAAAAUCUUAUAAAAGAAUAGAUGUAACGGGUUGAAUUAAGCUUACAUAACGCUCGGUGCAACUGAAACUAGAAUAAUUCUGAGAAUCGAAUCGGUCACUUGCAUGCCGCAGUUUCUUAAGCUUAUGCUUUACAAUGAAAUAAAUCUAUCAGUAAGGUUUCAAGAUUCCUUUAGUCACGUUUGGGAACAUUCAAGAUUCAUAAUAGGAACUGUUAUUAAACAAACCGUAUUACAUAAAGAAACCCUCCUUGGUAAAAACAAAACUAUGUAUUCAACUCUUUUUUAGUAAAAUCUAUGAGAGAGAUGUACUAACUCCAAUAUAAAAGUCACUCAAUAUAACAGAGAUUUCUUAAUUUGAGAAUCCAAUGAAUGCCCUUUUCCUUAGAACCAUCUUAAAGGCCUGGUCUGAGCUUUAAAUAUAUAUAUAUAUCAUUAGCCUCAAAUUUUUGCUUAAAAUUCCCAGUAAUUCUUAAACAUUCCUAAAAAUUCCUGAAAAUUCCCAGAAAUUCUUAGGAAUUUUUUAGAUUUACAGCUUUUCCGGGAAAGUCAUUGGUUCUCUUAGUUGGAAUUCCUAGGAAUUCCAAGUCCUGUUGGCUAUAAACUUGGAAUUUCUGGGAAUUCCCAGUCCGAAUUUACCAUGAAAAUUCACACCUUUAUUCCUAGGAAAAUCCCAGGAAUUCCUAGGAAUUCCUAAAUCCAUUUCGCAAGGGUAAUUUAAGGUAGACUCUUUGGAAGCAUAACAUCUGGUUAUAUAAUGGACAAGUUGGUGCUUAAGGUUGGACAUUAGCUCUCACUAAUUGAUCUUUGUCCCACAGCCUUAUUGAUGUACUGCAAAAUAAGGAAACUGUUUUUUCUGUUGGGCCUGGUCAAACACUUGAAUUAAAUUUUGGCACAGACUGUUGGUUAUUCAUGUAACUGAGAAAAACAAAAACAAAAACAAAAAACGUGAUUUUGGUAAAAAACUUUUCAAGAACUUACUUGUAAGUCAGAGUUAUUCUUCUUUUUAUUUUUAUUUACUGUCAAAAAAAUUCAUGGAACCAAAUUAUGUCCAAGGGCUGUGUGCAUCAAUUGGUCUUCUGAAGUGUUCUGAAGGUGAAAAUCUGAAUUAAAAAAAAAAAGAAAAUAAUGAAUCAUGUUUUGUAUCAUUAUUUUCUAAGUUUAACUUUGAUGUAGGCCUUCUGUCAAUGCAUGGAAAAACUGGAAUCAUAUGGAUCAGGGGUAAUAUGGUGUUCACUGCACCCACAGUUAUUAACAUUAGCACAAUAUGCUGAAUUUCUAAAACAUGUUGAAAUAGGGUUCAAAAGUGAGCUUUCUGUUAGAAGAUGCAAUCUGAAGAUACUUUAGUCAAUGUUUUUCCUCAUCACUCAUGUCUAGUUCAAUAUGCUUUUCAUUACAGGUUCAGCAUGCAAGCUAAUUUUAUGUGUAAGACAAUUUAUGCAGCUUAAUUUAAAACUAAGAGAUAUUUUAAUUUAUCACUUAAUGUUAAGUUUUUCUAAUCAGUUCACCACUUGAUAAUUAUGUUAUGUGUCUGUUUGUAACAGUAUGGAACCUCCACACUCUCCAGUCCAAGUGUUCCUCCUAUGAUUGGCUUUGCAUUCUUACAGUUAGCCUGUGUGUAUGUCUUACACACAGCAGUAACAUCAUCUACCUCACUGGUAUGGAGGCAUAUUAUGAUAACUGCUACAACUGCUAAUGCUUAUAUUUUACUCUUAAUCCUUUCAAUCCUUGGAUUGACUGAGAAGUAAUUUCUCCCAACAGUAUUGAUACUAUAUCAAGCAGGAAGGUUAUGAGAAUAAAGAAAAAUAGCAACUGCAGCAGUAUUUGUAGCAACUGAGACAAUAUAAUUUAACAAUGAAUUUGCCUAUAACCAAUAUGAGGAGAAAUGCACCAUAAGCAGUGAAGAGAAGUACCAGCAAGAUCUUUAAUAGUACACUGUAGAGUGAAAGGGUUUGAAGUAAACAGAAGUUGUUAACAUUUAUACUCAUCAUUACAACAAUGUAUUAGCAGUUGAUACAGAUUGUACAGUAGAUGCAACCUUGAUAAAUUUUGCUUAUAACAAAACUGUUGAUAAUUAUAUUAUAGAUGGACUCUUCAUGCUCUCAAAAACUCCACUGAGUUUUCAUGAUGUCUUUUAACUUACCUUCUAUAGUCUCCAUUUAGUAAAGUGUGUGAGAGUGUUGGUACUUCUGCUAUUUAAACUGCCAUUCCAUUCAAAUUUAAAUUAAUAUUUAAGAAUGUCUCUAGGUACUUUAAACAGAAAGAGGCAACUUAUCAGGUAGAACACAUUAUCUUGACCUAGCACCAAAUUGUUAUAACUUACCAUAAUUUACAAGGAAAUGUGUAGCAGCUAAAUGGAAGAAUUAACCAUCAGAUCUUGGAAGUUUAAGGCAAAGUCAUGAAGUAUCAGCACUCACUUAAUUUGCUCUCAUUCUGUUGCAGUGGUUUAUUUCAACACUGAUAUUUGGCAUAGGCUUCUCAUUAUACACAGCAAUAAAUCUGUAUGGAGUGCUGGCCAUGGAGAACAGUCCACCAGGACUCAAUGGAACAUUUCAUGCAAUUGUUGCUUUAGCUGCAAAUGGUGAGCAAUGGCAUUGUUACUCCAAGUCUUGUGCAUGGGCAGUUUGCAGGAUUCAUGUUUAAACAGUAUUUUUUAACUUAAUCUUUUAACCCUUUGCCCCCUAAGAGUGAUUAGCAUCUAACUUCUCCUUACAAUAUCACCCUUGAAUCAAACAUUAAGGUCAUGAGAAUAAAGAAAAUGGUAACCAACUAACAAAAAAAGCUCUUGGUUCCUAACCCUGUAACUCCCAUGAGUGACCAAAACAGAAUUUCUCCUUACAAUAUCAAAACAAUGGCAAGCAAACAAGAGAGGAGAAUAAAGAUAAAUAUCAAUUACUAAGGGAUUACUUAUUGAUUGAGCACCAAAUUCUCCACACUAACACUAAAAACAUUGUAUAAUGGACAGUGAUGAGAAUUGCUAAGAAAUGCAGUUUUGAUAGUGAAACAGUUAAAUAAAUUCCUUGCCAGCACCCUUGGUGAACAGUAUGGAGAAUAUGCAUACUGAUGUAAGUGAGUAAAGGGUUAAUGUGCAAGCUUAAUAUGCAAACUCACCAACUGUUACUCAUCUUCUGUGUUUCCCAAGUUUCUAGUGUGAAACAUUACUGAUCUUACCCAUGCUAAAAACUUUCUCACACCUGCAUUGUGAGUCCACAUUACUAGCUAAAACCAAAUACCACAAUCGUGUCCUUCUACAUGUACUGAAUCAAAAGCCACUUGCCAAAAAAGCAAGGAACUCUAUCCCACUGUCGGCAAAUUUUUAAAAAAAACAUUUUCCCCCUUUUUUUCCCCUAUUCUUGAGUGGAAUUACAUAAAAUUGCCAAAGCUCAAAUUCAAAGUUUGUGCUUUAAAAUUCUUCUUACAUUUUUCAUUUUUUUAAUUAGUGGGAGCAACACUGCCGGGAAUUCCUCUGACGACAAUCAGGGAGGUGUCUUUGUUUGUCUUGAGCUGGCAUCUUUGUUCUGUGGCUGUUUGCUGA